CUCUCUUUUUUGGCCGGCCGGUCACGAAAGGGUCUCGUUUUUAUAAUUUUAUAUUUUUUCAACAGGGGACUCGACGUCCUUGAAAUGACAGACCCUGAAAGAAACGCUCUUCUCGAUGACGAAAAAUCACCUUCUAACAAUUCCGGUUGCAAUGAAGACAAUGCCUGUUCGAGUUUUACUCAAUGCAGAGUUUACAAAAGGAGAUGGUACAUUCUAUUUGUCUUCACGAUGACCUCGAUCGUGUCCAACAUGAUGUGGAAUACGUGGGGACCUAUUCAGCGACCCUGUCGACUUGUAUUUGGAUGGGAAAGAUGGACAGUUCUCCUACUGUCAUCGUUAGGAGCGAUCGGGCCUAUUUUAGGUGCAUUUCCUUCUACAUGGCUAAUGGACUCCAGAGGUGAGCCCCUUGGAUUAAAAAUUCUCCAUAUCUAUUAUUAAGCUAAAGUGCUUGAUUUCAGACUUAAGCUAUAUGCACCGGCAAUAACCUGUACCCUCCAUUGUUGUCUUACUUUUCUCUCUCUACCUACAAGUGGAAAAAUUGCAAACUUAAACAAAUCUAGAGUUUCAAUGGUUUAUUUCAUGGUUGACAUCGGCGAUACCAUGUGAUGCGCAUUACUUUCGAUUUCGGUCUUGAAAGGUCCCUUAAGCUAGGAGGCUUACACGUCUCGGAGGGUCUCCCAUAUGAAACGGGUGGUAAUGCUCAUCAGAACAGUAGACUGGUUGUUUAUUACCAGUGAAAGGGGACUGCCAUUAAUUUUACUGUUUUGCUGGGGGUGGGGGCUAGGGCUCAUUUUUUGAUAAGGUUGGGAACGUUCGAGCGACUGAAGCUAUCUGUUCGAAGAUAAAUUUUAGCCGAGUUUCCUUCCAAAAAUAAUUUCGUCGUUUAAGCCAUUCACGUCGAACGAUCUGUCAUUCUUAGGAGAGUGGCCACGUUACUAAAGUUUGUUUACAAACACAUCAUGAAUACUGUCUCAGAUCUCUGCUCCUUUGUAACCAUCUUCGCUUUCAUAUUAUCAUUUGAUUAUCGACAGUAUCGACAUAUGUUUUAUUCAAUACUUAAGGGUCUUUUUUAACAAGUUUCCCGAAAAUAAUAUUUUUAUCUUUUAUGCUUUUGUAGUAAUGAGCCAGUAGAACAAAACUUUCAUUUUAAUUGGUUACAUUCCUUGUUCACUUGACUGUUUCUUUAUCACAAAGAAGAACUUUACAAAGAGUCUUUUCCACACUUUGCGUGACAAUUUUCUUGCAAAUGAAAUUUUACCGCAAACUCAAAUAUGCAAAUUUGGUAGAACGAAAGUCGAUACUCACACUGUCUUAUUGUGCAACAAGGUCCUGAUCUCUUUGUUUAUACUGCUUCAAGUGGUGCUUUCUUCUUGAUGCAGUGAGAGAAAAUACAGUUAUAUUUCCCACGCAUUUCAUUUGCAAUGAGGCUAAGAACUAAUGUUCAACAAUUUCUUCAUGACUUGAGCGCAUAAGGAAUUUGCUUAUCUGUUGUAGAAUUCAACAGAAAAUACAUGAAACUCACAAACUUUGCAUCCUAGUGAACAAAACUAAUUAUUUGUUCACUUCAGAUAGCAAUUAUUCCAGGGGGUGUGUGAAAAUUUUGGAAAUUCCGGAGGGGAGGGGGGUACAUUUUGGGGGUUGAUUUUUGGAAAAUCUAAAGGGGAGGGGGGUCAUACGGCAAAUGCCUUCUGUUGGGGUGGUAUGGAUAUUUUCUGGUCGUAUUUAGUAUCUUCCAUGAUAGCUCCAUGUUGUGUUUUAACUGGUGGCGCAAGUAGAAGUAAAAAUUCUAUGUAACUGCGUCAAAGGGGGUUUUGUUAUCAAUUUAAUAUAAUUUUAUACUAUUUUAACAUCAACUAAUCAUUAACGUAUUCUCUUGUCCAGUCUGGAUUAGAGUCACUUGAAUUUUGACCUGUUGUAGCCUCCUUAGAUAAACAUUUCUUGGUCUACUUAUCUGAGUGUUUCUUUUAGUUUGCUUUUUCUUUUCUGUUUGGGAAUUCAGCUCAACGAAUUCUAUAAAUCCCCCUAAUGAUUGGAAUCUGGAAUAUAAUUUAGUACCUGGAAUCCAGAAUCUACAGUUGUGGAAUCCAGAAUCCAGUUACUUUGUCUUGGAUUACUUUAAAUGGGGGGAUUUAACCCCAAAGGCAUUCAACUAUUAAUAAUACUCACACUAUAGUUAUUAGGAAUGUUUCUGCUGCUGCCAGCUUGUCCAUUCCUUGACUUUACCCUAAGUCUCCCACGCAGCCGUUUUUGUCUCGUCAUGGCAACCCUCCUUCCCAAGAAAUCAGGAAAGGGAUUGCGUGGUUUGAAUGUGAGCAGCCAUUUGCUGGGAGGAGCAUUUUGUGAUGAGACAAAAUGGCUAUGACGGAGGCAAACUUUACUCCUGCAAUUGGCCCUUUGUUUUGGUCAAUUUAUUUUUAUCUUGAAAUAAAUCUUGUUUAUUUAACUUCAUUGAUUGCAGGACUAAGACUUUCUGUUUUGGUGACAUCAUCAAUGUUAUUAGCAGGAAAACUUGUCCAAUUGAUUCCAAUUAGUAACAUUAAAGCCAAGACAAUUUUUAUCUAUAUUGGUCACCUGAUAACCAUGCUGCCAAGCUUCAUUGCUAAUGGUGGUCCGCCACUUGUUUCAAACACAUGGUUUCCACCAAAUGAGAGAACGACUGCAACAGCUAUUGGGGCCCUAGCUGCAAACUUUGGAGCUGCUCUGGCAUUUUUCAUCGGGCCAUCAAUGAUACCAAGCACAUUUGACAGCUCUGAGAAUAGUACAAAGAAUUUUUCUAAAAAAUACAUCCAUCUCUUGGAGACAAGAAUUAUGGAUUAUUUUUAUGUGCAGGUCGGAUUGGCUGCAUUUCUUUUUUUGUGCGUUGUCAUUUAUUUUCCUUCCAAACCACCACUGCCACCCAGUGUUGCUGCUUUUACAAGAAAAACUACUGAAAUUGGCUACAAGGAUGGUCUGAAGAUGUUAAUAUACAACAAAUCCUAUUGGUUACUUGUGCUAGUUUUUGCUGCAUCCUUCGGUAUUUACUUUGGAUGGACGUCAGUGCUGGAUCUUGCAGUUCAGCCAUUCAAUAUUAGUGAAAAGAGUUCAGGAUGGCUUGGAACUUGCUCUAGCUUGGCUGGAAUAAUAUCAGGUGUGAUUAUUGCAAGGUAAUAAAUUGAAUUUCCAUAUCUUUUUAUGGUAUCCUCAGAAAACAAUACACGCACAUUGAAAACUCAUAUUAUGGUUUGUUUCCCUUAAUUACCCCUGACUUUAACUAUAAGAAGUAGUGAUAUUAUAAAUAGAGAAUGUGCCGAUAAAUUUUAGAUUCUUGUCAUUAAUAGUUUGAAAGCUUUUAAGUCACAGUUUAAAAACUGUAGUGCAGACUGGUUAUUUUAUGGUAAGUGUCAAACACUUGUUAAUCGUUCUUUUUGGGUUUGGGUGUUUAUGAUCCAUGAAUUUAUUAAGAAGGCUGUGGUAGGGAAAGACAGCAGAGUAGAUGAGUAUCUCCUCUUGCCUUCCUGACCCUCUCCUCCCUCUUUGGCUCUUUUGCAUUGUGCCCACACAGGACACGCAUGAAAAGAGAGUAAGCACCCCUGCUUGGGUGGCAUGCAACAAGAGAGAGGACGCCCCAGGAUGAAUUUGCACCAUACAGUGGAUAGCUGGGAAUUGUAGCUCAUUAACAAAGCCUGGAAUGAUUCCAUCAGGCUUGGUGUCAACCAUGACUGCUGGAGUGCUUUGGAUGUAUCAGCAAAUCCCUGGAGGGGGGGGGGGGUUGAAGGGCAGGUACUCCUAUUAAUUUACUAUGAGGUUUACAUGCUGAUUCUCUGAGACUCUGGAACAUGUGGAACAUGCUGGAACUGUUCCAGACAAAAACAGAUGAAUAUUGCAACCUGGUUGCAGACAAUAAUUUUAAUAAUUUGAAUCCUAUUCCUGCCGCUGGCUCAGUUACAAAGUGACAAUGGGAAAGUAGUUUUGCACCUAAACUUGAUUGUGAAUAAUCAUAAUAAUGGCGAAAAAAAUCAACUAUGUUCCAGAGAGAAAAUAAUCAAUCAUUAAUGAGUUAGGAUGAGUAUGAUAUGAAGAAUUAUGCAGAUCGAGGAGAAUGCCGGAAGGGGGGUUGGGGGUGGGGGGAGUUGGGGUACUCCCCAAAGUUUUACUUAGGGAGGCUCUGCCCUGAGAUCCACCCCCUUACCCUUGUAUAUAUUAUUUUUAACAGAAAAGGUAUCCCUUUCAUAUACCUUCAACUGACUAAUCAACUUAUCCUCUGCCCCUUUCCAAUACCUGGCUAGAUUAGAACACUAUAUCCAUUUUAACUGCUUCAAAUAAUUCUUCUUUUUGGUUUGAAUAAAUCACGGCCAGAAAGUUUUCUUGUCUCUGUCUCAUCCAUAAAAUGUGUCUGUCAGCAAUUUUUGGUCCUUUUGCCUACAGACAGAAAUGAGAGAUUUUCCUGCGCUUUCACAUACUUCAACUAAUGAAAUCGAUCGCUACCCUUUCAUAUACCUGAAGCCUAAAAAAGGUACAAUGUACCCCUUUCGGGUGGACCUUCCCGCCUAGGCCAUUAUAAGAAGUAUCCCCAUUCCCCAGCGCGAAUGUUAUCAGCCGAGGUGGAUACCAGCUUCCGAGAUCAGCGUAAUUCUUCACACCCUACAAAAGCCGAAUACAAUAAUUGUUUUAUUAUUCAUUAAAAAAUAUUUCUAAGUUCUGAACAACCUUACCUCCUCGUAGGCUUUCUUUCUUGAUUUUUGGUACCCUUUUUCAGACAGAGAGGCAAAAGCUAUCAGUGAUGAGUAACCAUUUAUAAGAGUACCCCGGGGGCAAAAUCAAACUGUCAGUUAAAAUUAAUUUCUAUAAAUGUUAAUUUCCGCGGAGCUUAGUUUCCAUAUCAUUAUUUUGGCCACAAAUUCUCGAUACACUUGAUACCUAGGAAGGAGGAGUAUUUUAUAAGUGUGGAGAUCCGCCAGUACCAGUAAAACCCUGAUGAACCCCCAAAGUGGCCAGAUUUCUUCGCUUGAUUCCCUUCGUAUGUUUAGGAAAAGUGGUCACGAGCAAAGUUUCCAUUUCGGAUUUUACGUUUAACUUUAUUCCUGUUGUCUCAGCAAGUUUUGUUUCUUUGUGAACGUCGCGUUAAUUUCCUUCAUUUUGAAAUGAUAUCCUCUCUUUCGCCUCAAUUUCCUUUUCUACGAAAUUCGCGUUAAUUUAAGUCGCGUAAUUCCCAGUACCUCAAUUUCAUGGAGCGUUAAUUUCCUAUAACAAGGUUAAUAAUAUUAAUAAUAUUAUUAUUGUAUCUGUUUACAGAUCUGCAGACAUCGUGAAACGCUGGACCAAAACUAUCUUGGUGGCCCUCUACGUGGGCACUGUACUAUUUCAACUUAUUUUUACAUUAACUUGCUCAAAAAUCUUACCAUUCUCACAAGGACUGCUGUUCACGUCCAUUAUCUGUAGUGGUUUGCUGUUCAAUGGAACCAUCCCAUUAGUGUUCGAAUUGAUUAUGGAGUGUGUAUUCCCUGUUGGUGAGGGCACGUCUGUUGGGGUGGGAUUAGUUCUGGGAAAUGCUGUGAUCCUUUUGUUUGAUGUGACUUUCAUGUUUCCGAUCACUGAUGUUCGUUGGAUGAACUGGGUCUGUGUCGGUGGUGUUACUGCUUGUAUUCCUUUGUUACUUCUGUAUAAGGCACAGUAUCGUCGACUUGCCGUUGAUGUAGAAUAA